AUGUUGUCCAAUAUCGACGAGAAAGAAAACCUGGCUCGCAUGAAACGAGGCGAGCUGUACUACGCCUUCUCACCAGAACUGGUGGUUUCCCGGAAAAGAUGUGCUAAUGUCGUUGGUCGACUAAAUACCGCUGGGGAGUUGACCCGGCGAGAGAUAGCCGAAUACUGGAGGGGGAUCACAAAUGAUGAGCGCCCUCUACCUCCCCCAGGAGCGACAGACGAGGAGGAAGAUGCGAUUCUCCACGAGUAUCCAUGGAUCGAACGCCCUAUCAACAUCGACUAUGGAACCAAUAUCAAAGUUGGAAGCAAUGUCUUCAUCAACUUCAACUGCACCUUUCUCGACACUUGUACCGUGACAAUUGGAUCCAGAACUCUUGUCGGCCCCAACGUGUCUUUCUUUAGUGGCACCCACCCCCUGGAUCCGGAUCUGCGAAAUGGGACGAAUGGACCCGAGCUUGGUCGUCCGAUCACUAUUGGUGAGGAUUGCUGGAUUGCGGGCAAUGUGAUUAUUCUACCGGGUGUAACUAUCGGAGAUGGGUGUACCAUCGGUGCUGGGAGUGUGGUGACAAAGGAUAUUCCGCCGUGUCAUGUUGUGGCUGGCAAUCCUGCCAAAAUCUUGCGCAAGAUUGAGCGUAGCGGCCAAUCGAAACGUGAAGCUUGA